UUCAAACAGACUGGAUUAUGACAAUUCUUCUCCACCCCUUGAAGUCAGAUCUUUGCCCAAUGACAAUGCUGAUGCUACAGGGGAAUCAUCCCACUCAAAUGAUGGAAAUAUGGGCAGCAGCACUUUUCCAUCAAAUGACAUUACAUCUCCAUCUACCAAUAUAGAUGAAGGAGAGCAACUACGAGGCAUUCAUCUUCAAGAUUUACUUGGGAUGAUAAGAAACGCUGAAAAGAAUAUACAUCUUCUCAAUCAAGCUCGUGUACGUGCCCUUGAAGAUCUUGAAAAGAUUUUUGAUGAAAAAGAGGAGUUGCAGGGUGAAAUGAACAUUUUGGAGAUGAAGCUGGCUGAAACUGAUGCAAGGCUGAAAGUGGCAGCCCAAGAGAAGGUACACGUGGAACUCCUUGAAGGCCAGUUGGAAAAGCUGCGAGAUGAACUGUCAAGUAGGGGAAACAGUGAGGAUUACUUGCAAGAAAUGAAUAAUGCUGUUUCUUCUUCACAAGUCGAUCUUGUCAAUUCUUUUAGCCAGGAACUGGAUUUGUUAAGGGAAGAGAAUAUGUCACUGAAGGAUGAGCUGCAGGUUCUGAAGGUGGAGCUUAGUAAUAUCAGGGAAUCUCAUCAGCAAAUGCAAAUGUUAGAGGAAGAACGGUCAGUUCUGGAAUCUUCUCUAAAAGAGUUGGAGCUUAAACUUGCUGCUUCUCAUGAAGAUGUUUCAGAGAUUUCUAGUCUGAAAUCUGAAUGCAAAAGUUUAUACGAAAAAGUAGAAGAUCUGCAAACAAUGCUAGACAACGCAACAAAACAAGCUGACCAAGCUAUUCUAGUGGUGCAGCAAAACCAAGAACUACGCAAGAAGGUUGACCGGCUUGAGGAAUCUCUCAAUGAGGCCAAUGCCAAUAGAUUGUCGUCACAGAAAAUGCAGCAGUACAAUGAACUGAUGCAGCAGAAGAUAAAACUUUUGGAUGAGCGCCUGCAAAGAUCUGAUGAAGAGAUACAGACUUAUAUUCAAUUAUAUCAAGAUUCUAUGAAGGAGUUCCAGGAUACACUGAGUAGGUUAAAAGAAGAAAGCAAAAAGAAGACAAAAGGUGAAACUGUGCUUGACAAGCCUCCGGGAUUUUGGAGUAAUCUAUUGCUUAUGGUUGACGGAUGGUUUCUCGAAAAGAAGAUUUCAGUGGAUGAAGCGAAGGUUUUAAGAGAAAUGAUAUGGAAUAGGGAGGUUAGGAUAUGCGAUGCAUAUAUUUCAUCUAAAGGAAAGAUUGAACGUGAAAUCAUUGCGACAUUUCUCAAACAGACAUCAUCAACAAGAGGUACAAGGUUGCAUGUCAUACAUAUUGCAGCAGAGAUGGCACCUGUGGCAAAGGUUGGUGGAUUGGGAGAUGUAGUGACUGGUCUCAGUAAAGCACUUCAGAAGAAAGGGCACCUUGUGGAAAUUGUUCUACCGAAAUAUGACAUCAUGCGUUAUGAUCUAAUUCAGGAUUUGAAGGCGUUGGAUGCGCCUAUUGAAUCAUAUUUUGAUGGUCGAUUGUUCAAAAACAGAAUCUGGGUUGGCACUGUUGAAGGGCUUCCUGUUUAUUUCAUUGAGCCUCAUCAUCCGAGUAAAUUCUUCUGGAGGGGUCAAUUAUAUGGAGAGGAUGAUGAUUUUAAGCGGUUCUCAUUCUUCAGCAGGGCAGCACUUGAGUUACUUCUUCAAGCUGGCAAGAAACCGGACAUAAUUCACUGUCAUGAUUGGCAGACAGCUUUUGUUGCGCCCCUUUAUUGGGAUCUGUAUGUGCCAAAAGGACUGGAUUCAGCAAGAAUAUGUUUUACUUGUCACAAUUUUGAGUAUCAAGGAGCUGCACCAGCUUCCGAUCUAGCAUCUUGUGGUCUUGAUGUUUACCGCCUGAACAAACCUGAUAGGAUGCAGGACAACUCAGCAAAUGACAGGGUUAACUCUGUUAAGGGUGCAAUAGUAUUCUCUAAUAUUGUGACAACAGUUUCGCCAUCCUAUGCCCAAGAGGUCCGGACUGCUGAGGGAGGGCGAGGGCUGCAAGCAACACUUAAUUCACAUUCCAAGAAGUUUGUUGGAAUUUUAAAUGGAAUUGAUACUGAUGCAUGGAAUCCAGCUACUGACCCACUUGUUAAAGUUCAGUACAAUUCCAAUGAUAUAGAGGGCAAAGCAGAAAAUAAAGAAGCUUUAAGAAGUCAUCUAGGGAUGUCUUCAGCUAAUGUCUGGCAGCCAUUGGUUGCUUGCAUCACGAGAUUGGUACCUCAAAAGGGUGUGCAUCUUAUCAGGCAUGCACUAUAUCGGACAUUGGAAUUGGGUGGUCAGUUUGUUCUACUUGGUUCAAGUCCAGUGUCACAAAUUCAGAGGGAGUUUGAAGACAUUAGCAGCAAAUUUAAGAACCAUGAACAUGCUCGAUUAAUAUUGAAAUAUGAUGAGUCUCUUGCCCACUUAAUAUAUGCUGCUUCUGACAUGUUUAUCAUCCCUUCUAUUUUUGAGCCUUGUGGCCUUACGCAGAUGAUUGCUAUGAGAUAUGGUUCAAUACCGAUAGCUAGGAAGACAGGGGGACUAAAUGACAGUGUAUUCGAUGUAGAUGAUGAUAACAUACCUAUCCAGUACCGGAAUGGAUUUACAUUUUUGAAAGCUGAUGAGCAGGGAUUGAACAGUGCUUUAGAACGUGCAAUGUACCAUUAUAAGAAUGAUCCAGAAGGUUGGAAACAGCUUGUUCAAAAGGACAUGAACAUAGAUUUUAGUUGGGGUUCAUCAGCAUCGGUGUAUGAAGAUCUUUAUCAGAAGUCUGUUUGCAGAGCAAGGGCUACAAAUCGUCCUUGAGCAAGGUGGUCAGCUUUUGCAUUCUAUGUUGGCUGGAGCUGGUUCUUGUUCAUGGGACAGCUUGUGAGGGGUUUGUCAUGAGAGGUUUGAUUCCUCAAGUUCAGUUAAAACCAGAGAAACUCACCGUGAUCUCUUGCAUUCAAGAUGAAGGGUGCAUACUUGUCCCUUUUCCAUGUAAAUAUACUGUAUUCUGUUCAUGGGCAUGAACUUUCAAUCUGUAGAUGAUGUAAACUGUAUGCAUGCCUUGUUCGGGAUAUACGCUGUAUAAAAACUGCAACAGAGAUAUAUACAAGCUUUAGACCUGUUUGCUAAAUUCUUA